AUGCGUUCAAGUUACUGGACACGUAGACACGUCUCCAAGAGUGAGUUCCAUCGGGCUCCUACGAUGAAGAAGAAUGCUGCCGCAGCGUCCGGGAGACGGAAGGUGCCGAGGAGAACUCGAACGAUGACGAGGUUGCUUUGUGCGUCCGCGGUCGUGGCCACAGCAAACGGCAGCAGCAUAAGCAUGGCAGAGACACGCUGUACAGAAGUGCCCACAUUUCCAGGCGGCUGCGAUAGUGAAGCCGUGACUGGCGCAUGCUACUCAACCCGAACGGGCGUGAGUUGGGCGUGUGGAGCGCCGAGCGGUAGUUGUGAUACUGUUCCUCUCCCGCCGCCAAAUGGUGGCGCAUACGAGGGCUAUUGCAGUUUCGCCGGUGAAACGGCUACAUUCACUAGCACAUCACGGUCAACCAGUGUUUCCGAAACCAGCACCACUCUCACUAGCACCAGCUCUGCGAGCUCGAGCUCGCUGAGCACCAGCUUUUCGAGCACCAGCAGUGUGACUGGAACGUCGACACUGCCUUUUCCACCAGAAGGAAGUCCUGUUGCCGAGUACGGACAUCUGAGGGUCGUUGGGACUCAAAUAGUGAGUCAGAAGACCGGCGAACCUGUCCGGCUCCGCGGCAUGUCGCUUUUCUGGUCACAACCGGGACCAGGGUCGGCAGUCGGGGGCAGCCCAGCUGCUGUGGAGACAGCCCCAAAGGUGAAUGCAUUUCGCGGCUUCUGCCAACAACUGACGGAGCAACUCUGCCUGGAGUUCGAGCGUGAGGUUCAGCAGCUGACUGAGGAUGUCGUGCGCUAUCGAGCAGAACUGGCCAGAUGCGCGGAUCUCUUGGCAUAUCAGCUGGGCAAAGAGAAGCAGUACCACUCGAUGCUGGAAAGCAUUGCGGGCAACACCUCUAUGCUCAUGGGGAAAGCGAGUGAGGUAGGAAACAAGGCCAACAUGAGCGAUCCUUUGAUCAAGCAGCAGAUGCAUCAGAUGCUGGACCAAGUUCUGCAAGGCCAAACGGGUGCACUGGCGGAAAACCUGGGAGGCAUCGACGAACACCGUCGGCUUGCGGAGUCCCACCUGAUGAAAUCCUCAGAGCUGCAGAACCAAUCUGAGGCUGUUCAAAAGGAGCUUGAGAACAUCCUCCAAGCAUUGAACAUGCCUCCAGUGGCCUACACCCAGGCCCCAAUGAUCAGGCCUCCAGCUCCGGCUCCAGGUGCACCCGUCCUUCGUCCCAUGGCAGGCUGCCAGAUGACACCGCCCAUGCCACCUUUCCCGCAAUAUUGCCAAGUCCAUCCGUUGGGGGCUCCUGGUAUGCCUGUGAUGCAGCCGGCCCCGGGCGUGCGCCCAAUCGGGAUGGUGCCGCAGCCCGCGAGCCUUUUCGACGGAAAUACGGGUGCGCCAGGCAUGCCUCCAGUGUCCCCCGGUGGAGCAAGCGCGAGCGCAGUGCUUGCUAGAAAUGCUGUGGCGGUUGAGUCCGCCAAAGCCGCAGAUGCUGGAACAAUCGGGUUAAGCAACCCAAACCAACGGUUUGCCUGA